ACCUAUUAACGUUUAAAGCUUGGCGCGUAUUUGGCAUCGUCAGCUGUUGCGCUACUUUUCCUCACAAAGUGCGUGAAAUUUGGAACGCACCUCGGUGGCACAGCAGCUGAUUGUCAGGGGGCUUUUCUGAUGAAUAUCUUAAGCUAUUCGUUCUGACAUGCUGAUUCUUGUAAUCUCAUGCGACGGCCCUAUCAGUUUUUGGCCAAAUAAAUACAAUUUUUAAUCGGAAAUGAACCUUGUAAAUGAACGGUAUACCUCGCGCCAACAGUAGCUCUUCGCGGUUCUGGACUGAUUCGACAUUAAUGUGACUUCACUCUUCGUGCUAUACUGAAGGAGAGUGUAUAGUGAAUUCUAGAAUAAGCUGUGCACAGCAAAUGUUCAAAAAUUCGUAAAUGCUGGCGUUGAAAAAUAAGUACAUUGGAUAAGUGCUUCCGUCUAUUCAACGGCUUAAAAUGGCUUCGGAUGGGGAAAAAAGGAGCACCACACUUACGUCAAACGCUACCGGUUCCGGCCGGAACAAGGUUGCCUUGGCCCCCGGGCAUUCUCUUGUUGAUUGGAUUCGGUUAGCACAUAGAGAAGAUUUGGCAGGCACCGGUGGAAGAACUCUUCGGGUGACUCCGGAAGAGCUGGAAAAGCAUUGCACACCUGACGAUGCAUGGAUAUGCAUAAAAGGCAACGUGUACAACGUGACUCGCUAUCUAGAUUUUCAUCCGGGUGGUGAGGAGGAGUUAAUGCGAGGGGUCGGCAGCGACGCGACGGACUUAUUCAAUCAGGUGCACGCAUGGGUUAACUACGAGUCGAUGCUGGACAAGUGUCUCGUCGGAAAACUCGCUCAUGCACCAGGAUCAAAUAGUCCAAAGAAAGCACCUCUUGAGGGCAAUAUGGCUCCAUCAAAAAAGUCCGGCAUAUUCUGUUUAUCGCUUCCGAAAUCGCUGGGCAGCUUCUUCGCUGGCAACGCCGCUAAGAAAGCUACGCAGGAUGGCAGCACCGUUCCGGACGGCUCCGCCGGUAAGAUCACUUCAGAGCAUGGCUCGCGCCGCAGUCAACCAGCGUCAAAACCACAAUUUCCUUUGGACUGGUUACAAGAUGAUUGUACAGUAUCGGUCAUGGUAACAUGCAAAACAGACGACGUUUUGGAGAAGGACUGUGUUGCCAUCGACAUCCAGGAGAAAAAGUUUCGGCUCAAAAUCAAAGUUGGCUUAUGGAUUUACUUAGCCGUCAAAGAUCUUGCCCAUGAAGUUUACCUCGACUGUAAUGUGUGUGUGAACCCCAAACAAAAAACUGUUACUGUUUGUCUAGUGAAAACGUCACCAUCCCUAUCGUGGUAUUCGCUGGGAUCAUCGGCUCCAGAAGAUGCAGACUUAAUCGCCGCUAGGGAUUACCAAUCACGAAGAUAUUUUCGCAAAGUGAACCUUGUGGUCAGGGAGCAGAUCACCCAUGACACGUACCUUUUUACAUUUGAAAUGCCUAAAGGGACACUAGUUUUCGUGCCGGUAGGCCAGCACGUAUCGUUGCGAGUACCGCUUGAGGACGGGUCAAUGUGUACUCGGAGCUACACUCCGGUUGUUCCGUCAUUGGAGGCUGCAGCGAGAUCUCCGUCAAGUGAUGGUCGCAGGAUUCACCUCCUCAUUAAAAUCUACGACAAAGGACAAAUGACACAGAAACUCGACUCGAUGAGUGUCGGUGACCAAAUCUUAAUGGCAGAUUCCGUUGGUACGUUUGUCGUGCAUCGAUACGUGGAAUUGGAGAACCUUGUAUUACUUGGAGCAGGCACAGGCUUCACUCCAAUGGUUAGGAUGAUCCUUUGGGCGUUAUACAACUGCAAGGAUAUAAAACAAGUGCGUCUUAUGUCGUUCCAUAAAACGUUUAAUGAUAUAAUUUGGAGAGAACAACUUGAGUACUUACAACAGACUGAUAAGAGGGCAUCUUACCUGAACCUCGGCGCUGCGCCUACGUUUCGUGGGCGGUACACAAAGGCAGAAAACAUAGCAGGCAGCAACAAGCUGACGACUCCUGGACGGGCAAAACUGGCCGCAUCCGAAGUGAGUUACUGCGUGAUACGAUUCCAUCGGAGAGGGAUGGAAAGUUGCUUGUUGGCAUCUGUGGACCGCCGCCGUUCACAGCGGCUGCUGCCAAGUUACUUCAAGAUUCUGGUUACACAUCAACGGCCAUUCAUCGCUUUGAGUCUUAAGCUCUGCAUCGCUCUAAGGCUGGUAAUUUUUAUGCAUCAAUUUUUUUCAGCGCACCAGCUUUCAUCUUUAACGCUCCAGAAAGAUUAUUACCAUAAACAGUGUACUUAAACUGAAACACCCCGCACGGCUUCGUCUAGAUAACCACCGCGCUAAACAGUCUUCGCGGAGCCUAUUCCAGGGACGAGCGCGGUCGUAGAUGGAACACGAAGAACCUGGGAAGAUAGAAAAUUUAAUUUUUGGUCAUACCUCGGGUAAAUGGUUAGGGCAGGCCAAAGUAAUAAGAAACACAUCCAAAAGACCGUGGUAACCGUGAAUAUCUUAUCAAUAUUUAGAUAAUGUUCAAGUAUCCAGAACUUGUGGUUUUACAGCACUACGCAUAUCUCAGAUGCUUUAUACAUCUUAGAGCAUUAUACAAUACAGAUUUAUCAUUAUUACGGUUCAUAAAGGAUAGAUAAAGCAAGCAAAAAGGAAAAAUGUAAAUGAUAUAAUCGUAUUACUAAAAGGAUAUAGACUUGAUAUGGACAUUUAAACUUCUAUAUCUGCGAUUGCUUAAGAAAAAAAUUAAAAAGAAAAUGGUGAACGUUUUUGUUUUUAAAGCUGCGUGACCUUAUGCCGUGAAAUACCGAAAUUGCAAAGAAAUAUAUUGUGAAUUUAAUUUUGGUGAAGUUUUCUAAGUUUUAAUAACUACUGACAAUAUCAAAUUAGCAGUGAUCUGUUCUGAUGGAUGGAUGUUAGAGUUUUAAUAAAAUUGUUAAUUCUU